ACAAUUACUGUUUUUCUACCCACUGCAGUACCUGCCAACACUCAGGUGAAGUAACCUGCACCAAUGGACCAUGUAGCACUGAUGGCAGUGCGUCCACCAGGCCUGGGUUCUGUCCGGACCCUGCCGGUUCCCAGCUGUGCGGAGAGGCCAUGUGCACGACAGACUCCGACUGUGGCGGGAGCGACAAGUGUUGUCCUGCCAUCGACGCCUGCCAGUUCUCCAUGACGUGUGCACCAGCCAUUGGGGGCUCCACAGGUUGCAUUGCCAACAGAUCCCCGUAUUCUGAGGGAGAAGUGGUCAGGGUGGUGGACAGGUGUAACAACUGCACUUGUCUGAGAGGUGAGGUGGUGUGUACCGAUGCCCCCUGCCCUUCAGCAGCAGCACAGCAGGAGGAACCAACGGUCAGCUCUCCAGCUGCAGUGGUUCGGUCCAGAGACUUGUUGUGGUUAGGGGCUCUUCUGCUGUUUGUAUCUUUAUGGAAUACAUUUUAACUCUGUAUUACUCUGACAAGUCUCACUUUGGCUAAUCAGACUAACACCCUAUGAACCCAGUUGAUGGGGCUAUGUUGCUAGAGGGCCAAAUUGUCCUGAUGUAGCUGUAAAAAAAGUUAACAGUUUGCCAAGUUCUUGCUGCAAGAGGCAGCAACAAGUCUUCUUUUUGAUAUCUUUUAAAAAAGGCUGGACCAUGACUUGAGAUAUUUUUAUACAUGUAAUUUAUAGACCAUACAUAGACAAAACUCUUUAUCUUAUACUAGUAUGUUGGAUAGGAAGGUCUUUCUUAGCAAAGCCAUUCGUUUUUAUCUGUUAGUGUAAAUGUUGAUACCCGAGUCAGCUUACAGAUGUGCCCUUUGUGGCAGAGACUGUCAUAAUUUUCUCAUGUAUGACAGGUAAGCCAUAGCCAAAGCUGUAGGGCUGGUAUCAAUUAUGAUUUUACCAUGGUCAAUAUUGACCAAAAGAGGCCAUAUAGUUUCAAUGCAUGUAUUUUAUUUGUUCAAGCAACAAGAUGGAUUGAGUGUCGAUGAAGAGUCACCCAUUGCCAUAGAAUGUUGAAUUUUGUCCCAAAUGCUAGACAGUAUUUAAGAAUGUAUAGCCUUGUUCAGAAGCACUGAACUAUUGCUACAAUGUCCGUCUUUUGUCAAGUCCUAUUUUGAAGUUUUGAUAACAAUCUUAAGAAUUAAGAUAUGUAGCUUUCUACUGAGAUAAAAUGUAGUUUCAAUAGUGCCAAAAAGCUUGAUAUAUGAUUACAAAAUUGGAGAAUAUCUUUUUCUGCACAUUUUCCAUGUUUUGAAGUAAUCAUGUGAUGAGUAUGUUAAAUAUUAAUGUAAGAUUUGAGUAGUUUGCUUGCUUUUUACACAGAUGCAUCUGUAUGGCAGUGUUGCCUUAUGCUAUCAUUAGGCAUUUGUUUAUUGUACUUACUGUCAUUAGUGUCAGUACCUUAAAUUGUUACAUCAGUAUUAAGACUUACUCCAGAAUGUACCUACCUGUGCCAAACAUCUAAAGCCAUAGUUUUACUUAAUGUACUUGACAUAUAGGAGAUAUUUUUGGAGACAUUAGAGAAACUAAGUGCUUUAGAAACCCCAUACAAUGGGGAGUAACAUGACAAAAAAUAAAUUUGUAGUUGUACAAGUG